AUGCAGUACUCCCUCGUCUCCGUUCUCUCUUUUGCCACCGCCGUCUACGGACACGGGCGCGUGACCAGCCCCCCGGCAAGGGAGGCAGGCAGCGCUUUCGGCCAAGCCUGCGGUCAGCAGAUGCUGUCCAUCGAGAGCUCGGACCGUCUCGGCAACAUCCAGGGCCUGCGCCAGCAGGCCAAGGCGGACUUCGACCCGACCAAGUGCCGCCUGGAGCUCUGCAAGGGCAUCCCGUUCGCCGACGCCAAGUCGGGCGACGUGCAGAAGUUCUCCGCCGGGCAGACGGUGCCCAUCAAGGUGCAGAUCGGCGCGCCGCACACGGGCAUCGCCAACGUCUCGGUCGUCGACACCAGCACAAACUCCAUCAUCGGCCAGCCGCUCAUCGAGUUCCAGAACUACGCCUCGACCAAGUCCGGCGUCGCAAAGAACAACACCGACUUCAGCGUCACCAUGCCCGACACCUUGCCGUCGGCGUGCGGCACCGCCGGCGCCUGCGUGCUGCAGUGGUGGUGGGACAGCGACGAGGCCAAGCAGACCUACAUGAGCUGCAUCGACUUUACCUUUGGUGGCGCUGCUGGUGGCGGCGCUUCCAACGGUGGUUCUGGCAACUCGAGUACUGCCAACUCCGGCGGCGCCACUGCCGCCAAGGCUGCCAGCUCGUCGUGCCAGUAA